CGGGACUUCUGGUCUUCAAGGUUGUUCUUGGCAUCAGUUAUUUAUGGUUUUUCCAUUCGUUGUUUUUGAAUAGUUAGUACAAUCGGAUUUAUUAGUAUUUGAAUUUCUGUAGUACAGGAUCUUAUUUUAGCUAUUCUAUACACAAUAUUAAGUAGUAAGUUGUCUCCUGAUGUGUUGAACAGUUUGCCACGAACUAUAGUAUCUGAACUUAGGACGUGAAUUUGUAGUUCAAAUAACUUAUUGAUAUUUUUAAUAAGUUUCGCACUCUAGCCACUUCGAUUCACGAACCAUAGUUUACUAGUUAUAAUAGGCAUCAGUAAAAAAGUGUCCUCAGCUCUUUAGAAAGCUAUUGUAAUACUCAUUGCUAAAAUAUAGAUUCAUUGUCAUACGAAAUUAUUUAGGCGUUUAUGUUCGUUGAGUUACGUAGUCUGGGUGUUGAAAUGUUCAGUCUCUGAUUAUAGACACCUAUAAAUUUCACAUCAGUCUACUAAUCAUAUGCAAAGUACUGUACAGCGUAAAGUCCAAGUAGCAUAGUUUCGAUUGCUUUAUUAUAGGAAUCCAGUUAUUUGGUUUAGAACCGUAAGAACUAUUUCUAUACAUAUUACAACUCUGUUGUUAAUUCCGUUCACUGUAGUGUUGUUAUUAUUGUCUUGCAGUGGCUACUGAUAAUCGAAUUGGAUUUGACUAUCUCACUGGUUCCAAUCUCUUUGUCUAUUAAUUUGUUUGUAUUCACCAGACCCAUAUACUAAUAAAUUAAAUAAUCAGGGGAAGAUAUUAAUAUUGUCACAUUUUUUCCGAAAAUAUAGAUAUAUUUUGAAAAUCUUCAUCAAACUGACACCUGGUUAGACAAAUGUAAAUCACUCUUACUAGACGAACUUUAAUGGGAAUAAGUAUUACGAACCUCAAUCUUCCGUGCUAGUGUUGAGAGUAUCUCUUUAAAUUUAUCUGAAUAUUUUCCUUCACCACCAAAUUAAGCUGUAAAAGGUUGGGUCUAAAAUGUUUCGGUUAGAGCAGUUUCGCUCUAUACUUGUGAAAUCUGACAUCUCCAAGUUGAAGAUGUUGAGCCACUGGCUGUUUUUGAAUGUCGUUGUCCGAAGGAUUUCUGACAUUCGGCGGAAACGCAAUGUCAGUAAAUCAUAGGUUUCAAAAACGUGUUUCGAGGGCUAGCGACUAUCAUUCAAUUGGUUUCAUCGUAGUGAAGUACCGACUUUGUUGGCGAACGUGAACAACGUAUUUCAUCACGAAGACUUCCACACUUGCUUUGUUUACUGAUACUAAAGCUGACUGAAAAAUUGGAGAGGUGAUCGGUUUAAGACAUGAAUUUGUAGUAUGAAGGGAAGCUGUUCGCGUCUGGCAUCUUUUGGUUCAUAAUAGCUCCUUGAUUGGAGCGGAAGAUAUAUUGCAUACUCUCGUAACAUGUGUUAGGCCAAGAUCUUGGAAAAUAAACAUUCACAGUUAUGAACACUCGUUUUAUCCACCCAGAUGAAGAAAGGUUUGCCUUCGACUUGUCAGAAGAAGUACCUGAACCCAAUGAAGACGGGGGUUGCGGUAGUUCAAUUCUCCAGUUUUCUACGUCUGAUUCUUUUAAUUCUGUUGAGCAACAACGCCAACAGCUUCCUGUUUUUAUAAAAAGAAGUCAAUUUUUGUAUCUACUUGAAAACUCCAGGGUUUUAGUUGUUACUGGAGAAACUGGAAGCGGAAAAUCCACACAACUUCCUCAGUACGUUUAUGAAGCUGGUUGGUUGGAUUCGAAAUCCAGUAAUAUUAAUCCGUUUGGAGUUACCAUGGUUGUGACGCAGCCGAGACGUGUCGCUGCACUAACUUUGGCUACACGCGUAGCUGAAGAGAAAAAUUGGCGAAUCGGUAAACAAGUUGGAUAUAUCAUACGUUUUGAAGAAUGUUGGACACCGAAUUCAACCGUGAUCUCAUAUCUUACCGAGGGUAUGAUGAUACAGGAAUUGUUGCGUGAUCCACUUCUAACACGUUUCCGUGUAAUCAUGUUAGAUGAAGUUCAUGAAAGAUCUUUGCAGACCGAUAUUUUAUUAGGUCUUAUUAAAAAAGUAUUACGUAAACGACCAAAUGACUUGAGAGUCAUAAUCUCUUCUGCUACUUUGGAAGCUGAAAAGUUUAUAGAAUAUUUCUCGAAAAUGAAAAUCAGUGAAGUUGAAACCGAUAAGCAAGGUCUACAACUAACUCCUGUUGCACAUUUAAAUGUUGAAGGACGUCAAUAUCCUGUGUCUAUAUUUUAUUCACUUGAUCCCGUUCCCUGUUAUCUUUCUGCCGCUAAAGAGACUGUUUUUCGUAUUCAUGAAACAAAACCGUUGGGUGGUGAUAUACUUGUCUUUGUUACAGGUCAGAAUGAAGUUUCCCAACUGGUUGGCAACCUAGUCGAAGAAUAUCGAAACCGUAAGGAGCGUUUCUUAAAUACUCAACAACAAAAUUCCAAAGCGAAGUUACCUACUGCUUAUCCACCUUUACGUUGUUUACAGCUUCAUGGUUCCCUUCCUCAACAUGAACAGCUUCGUAUUUUUGAACGACCAACUCGGGCUUGUCGUAAAGUUAUCGUGGCUACUAAUGUUGCAGAAGCGUCAGUUACACUUCCUGGUAUUUCUUAUGUAAUUGACUGUGGCUUUUCACGAAUUCGAGCGUAUAAUCCUGUUAACGGACUUGAAGCUUUAGUUACUAUACCUACAUCUCAAGCUUCAGCACGUCAGCGUGCUGGUCGCGCUGGACGUACAAGAACUGGACAGGCUUAUCGACUAUAUACUGAAGAGGCAUAUAAUAAACUCUUGCCACGUUUUACAUUACCUGAAUCUCUACGUGUUGAUUUAUCUGGUGCUUUGUUACGCUUAAAAACUCUUGGUAUCGAUCGUUUGGCUCAAUUUGAUUGGCUUGAUCCCCCACCUCCAUCACACGUAGGUCAGUCUGCUGAACGACUUGUUGCUUUAGGUGCUCUUGAUGCUAAUUCUGGUCAUCUUACAAUUCCUCGUGGUUUGAAAUUGGCAGAAGUUUCUACAAUAUGUGGCUUGGAUCAGCCCUCAACUGCAGCUGCAUUAUUGGGCGCUUGCGAUGAAGGCUGUUCUCAGGAGAUUGCUGCGAUUGUUUCAUUGAUGCAAAUUCAACGAAUCUUUACUGUUUCUGAUUAUAAACGCACAGGUGAUCGUAUUCGUAGGCAGACGUUUGGAUGUCAGCAGGGUGAUCAUUUAACAGAGCUAAACGCAUUUGUUGCUUAUGAGAAUCAAUCAAAGUUGUUGUCAAAGUCGGAACUUCGAACGUGGUGUCGAGAAGUAGGUUUGAAUGAACGUGGGCUAGCUCAUGCAGUCAUACUGCGUGAUCGAAUCGGCUCCAUGUUUCGUCGUUUAAAACUGCCUUGGGUAAAGGCAGAACCUGAAGGAAAUCCUAAUCCAGUACUCCGGGCACUUGUUCGCGGAUUCUUUCAUCAAGCUGCUCGUCUCUCUUCAUCUGGUUCUCAUUAUUUGACUAUAAGAGGAGAUCAUCAAUUGCGCUUACAUCCUAAUUGUAUUUUAUAUUCAUCUACAACACGUUGGCCUGCUUAUAUCUUAUUUACUAAUGUAUUUCUUACACCUAAUUUAGAUAAUAAUAAUAGUAAAUUAAAUAUUAAUAAUGAUAAGAAUGACUUAUCGAGUACGUGUAUCAGUGGUGUCAGUGUUAUACAACCGGAUUGGUUGCUGGAAUUAGCUUCACAUUACUAUCAGUUUGGUACGGAUAGAGAACAUUUAGAACAUUCUUUAAGAAUAAAGAAAUGACAUAUAUAUAUAUAUAUAUAUAUAUAUAUAUAUAUAUAUAUAUAUAUAUAUAUAUAUAAUUUCCUUCUGUAUAACAAAACGUAUGCGUCAUAUUUUGAAGAAGCACAAUCAGUUUCUUGUUAAAAUUGUCAAUGGUCAAUAAUUGUUAGCACGUAUGUAAAUAUAUCUGGCUGCAUUUUUGUACAUUUAACUAAAUUAUUCUGUAAAAAUACAACUUUGAGAUGAUUUAUAUCAAAUAAAUGGAAAA